GUGAGUGCUCAACACACCAACAAAAAAAUCCCAAAAAUAAUAGAACCUACGGAAAAGGUAUAGAAACAAUUGCCCUAGAAUUCAAAGUUAUGACCAGUUUGCCGGACGAUCAGGGUCCCAAUAUCUGCAACUGUCGUCGCAUGCAAACCGAGUGCUGGAUAAGGCAUUCGAUCUCCGCCGAGGACACGAUGACCCGUCUGGCCCUCAAGUACGACACCAGCAUUGGCCACAUUUGCCGGGCCAAUCGCAUGCACAGACAGGAUGUCCUGCAGGCACGCCACCACGUUUGGGUGCCCAUUCCGAGGCGUCAGUUCCAGAUAGCGAGUCCACAGAAACCACAGUGCCACAAGAGUGCGCAGAUCCCUGGCAGAGCAGAAAAGCCGAACUUGCCGCCACAUUUUUACCGCCAAAGUGAUCCAAAUCCGAAUGCCUUUGCCGACGAUGGUGAUCCCCUGCUGGUCAUCACAGAAAUCAAGUAGUGGCAUGCGGAACUUCUGCGGCACUGCACUGCGAGAAAAAGUCCAAUAAAUUGUUUGUUAGCAAUUAUUGAUAAUUUUGCAUAAGUAAAUAAGACAAUAGUUUUUGGUAAGCUUA